AGGCUGGGCGCUCUCCCUGCUGGAAGCACCAUGGGCACAGGCGGCACCAGAACCCUCCUCCUUGGGCUCCUGCUCCUCUCAGCAGACCUGCCGCCCACGAGGGCCAGAGGGCUGGACCGGACGAGACCUCCCUCCUUCUCCAACCAAGGUGGCUACUGCCGGCACUUGCCCAGGCUCCCCGGGAGCCCCGGUGGAGGAGGGGGCUGCGGCGAGUGCAACAGGGAUGCUGACUGCUCCCUCGGGAAGAAGUGCUGCUGGUCGGAAUGUGGGAACACGUGCCAGACGCCCGAGCCCAACCGCUGCAGGCUUCCCCGUGACCCGGGGCCCUGCAAGGCCUCUCUGCCCCAGGUGUUCUACAACUGGCAGGCCAAGAGGUGCCAGGAGUUCAUCUACGGGGGCUGCCACGGGAACCUGAACCGUUUCAACACCAUGGAGCUGUGCCAGCUUGCAUGUGGGGGUCAAGGUAAGCGGUCUGAAGCGCCCCCCUCCCAGGACUGCUAA